UACCUAGUUGCUCCGGCUAGUUACCUAGGUACGUUACUGCAGUCACGUGUUCCACCUUAUGGAGAAACCUCUCCACCUAAACCCAGACAGACUCCGGUUCUGCUCCGUUAUAGCUCCGCCGGGAUAGUUACUGUUCGACAUUCACCAAUGGAUCCCUCUAGUAAGUGAUCCUGCAGCAAUAUAGUGGCAGUGAUGGAUACUCAGAACGAUCCUCCGCGACCGGAAGGCUCGCCCCGCACUCCUCCCCACCCCCCUUACUCCCCCAUUACCCCCGUCCUCUCCCACGCCGCCAUGCUUCCGCCGCCAUCACCCAUGCAGCAAGCUCUCCCGCCCCCCUAUACCUCCGCCGCCUCCACUUUCUGUCUUGCCACUAGCUCCGGAAAUAAUAACACCCAUAAUACCUCCACGGCUCCGCCGCCCGCAUCUAACCCUGCACCCACGUUUAUGGCUGAGCCUGCCCCCGUCCCCAUAUCCGAGAGUGACAAUCCAGACGCCAUCGCCCUGCGCUCCGCCAUCUCCAUCCUCCAGAUCCAAAAACAACAGGCAGUCCGUGACAUAAAAACACUUGAUCAUCUGAAACAAGCCGCGGUGGCACACCCGGAAGCGUUUGCGCGGGAACUCGCCAAAGGCACCCUUACCUCCAAGUCUGGCGAUAUCUUCAAUCCCACCGGCAUUGAAGAUGGUGAUGAAGAUGGACAUGCAGACGGGAUAAUGGCUCAAGCGAAUACAAGUACGCCUAGUGUUACGGAUGUAGGUGCUAUGGAUGUCGACGAGCACCCACGUCCGGCUUUUGGGAAAAUCCCCGCCCCGCAGAGCGUCGUGCGCAUGCCCCCUAUUAACUGGGCUAAGUAUCACAUCGUCGGCGAACCGCUGGAUAAGCUUCAUGAAGAGCAGAGACGGCGUCCAUCGUCCGGGGAGCCUCAGAGGGAUGAUGUCUCGUCGCUGCAGAGAGCGCCAGAACAUUUCAUCGCGGCGCCGUAUCGACCGUUUACGGACAAUCUAGAGGCACCUAUGAAAACGCGGAGUACGAAUAGAGCGAAGAAGUGAGGAAGGUAUCAAAUAUAUAAUGCACAUGGGAAGAUAUCGCGUAUACUUGUUGUACAUACAGGACAUACAUUUUAUUACGACUAUCGGAGGGGUCCUUCGUUUACGCCCUCAUCAACUCGAAACAACGAGACUAUACAUUCAGAACCCCCCUCUGCGAUGUUUUCACGGCAAUAUUGAAAAGCGGAGAAACGACCGAUAUUCCAAUAUGCAGGCAUAAGGGACCGCGACUACGUAACAGUACCACAAUCAACCAUCCCCUUAUCUACCAAACACAGAGAAAAUACGCUCCCCUCUAGAUACCCCGUCAUUGUACGUUUGCAAGUGCUCCGUCGGUUUCCCCCCCGUUGACACAACUUCCCUUCAACGAAUAGCCAUCUGCAUCCCAAUAUGUGUCAUCGCAAUAUUGCCCCACAAAAUCGCCGCCGUGCAUUCCGGGCACGUCUCAUCCUGAAACUCAAAAUCCGCAUCCACACGCCCAUAAACCAUGCUGCGCGUUCUGCACCGUCCCUGGCGUUUCCUCUCUUUCCAGAAGAGCGGGUCCAGAGGGAAAUAUUUGCCGCAGGCCAUGCACAGCCGUCGCUCGUAUGUCAUCCACGACUCCAGCCGGAAGAGGAUCUGCAGCCGCAUGGAGCUGUCGUAUAGCACACCGUACCCACCGUUCAGGUGACGGGUGAUAUUGGCUGCGGUUUUGUUUGUUAGGCCUAGACACACUUGGUCGGGCACAUCAAGCUCGUUGAAGACCAUCGUAAUUAUUUCGAUGGGUAACUUGGUGAGAGAUGAAGAUGGCGCCUCUGUCUUCCAUCCGCGAUACAUCAGAUCUCCUCUUGAGAACUCGUCCCAGAGACUUUGUGUGAUCUGUUAUUUAGACCCAUCAGCUUUUAUUUUAUUUUCUAUUUUCACUUUUCGUUUUGAUUGUGCUUGUCUUUUUGACCUAGCAUUUCUCCCUCACCCCCCUCCCCCCUCCUCCCCAACAUACAAGUAGUAUGAAGAAAUAGAAAGAUUGAGAAGCAAAAGACAAUCUGGCAUCUAAAAGGGGCAAGUUGGGUCUUGUGCUUUCAAUUUUUCUUUUUCUUUUUCUUUUCUUUCUCUUUCUUUCGAUUUCCUACUCACCUGAUAAUUCACAUAGAACCUGUAAAUCACGUCCCUGUUCUCCGUCACGAACCACUGGAUAUUCGUGUCCGGGACCAUCAUUUUGAGCCAGCUCAUCCAUUCUGCAGCCAUAGCCUCCGCGCUUUUUUCUGCCCGAUGAUCCUCCUCGGCCUGUUUGUCUUGCUCGCCCCGAUGGUCUUGUUGGGUUUGCUGGUUCUGGUGGUUCUGCUCGACCUGCCGGUCGUGACUUUGACUCCUAAGCUGAGGCAAUGAUUGGCCAUAUUUGUCUGGAAGGACAAUUGCCAAAUUGUUGGGAAAGCGACUGUGAGAUCCCUCAUAGUCAGCAUCUCACUCUUCUUCCUUUUGACCCCAUUAGUUCUUCUCCACGUAUGCAUAGUCUGCGUCUCAUAGCCAUUUUCUUAUUCAGAGGCAUCGGCAGAUUACAUCACCGCUUCCAUUCGCCUCCCUUGUCUCCUCCACUUCCCCUGAGCCCUCUAGUCGUAGAGAAGGGUUGUAUUUCACCACAAAAGAGGGUUGAGACUAUCAAUAAGGAACCAGCAGGACUCACCGACGCUGGCGGAUUGUCAGGGGCAUCCUCAUCUCCUCCACUGGGACAGGCGGAGGCAUCCUUGCAAAGGCGCCCAUACUGUUUACCAACAAUGGAACCAUUAGUGACAUUGGUUUCUUCUCGUCCUUUUUCUUCUCCUUUGAUGCGAACUUAUAGUAAGAUGAAGCAAAGGGGCUGCGAAGCAGAGCAUAUGCCAUUCAACCGCUCGACUGAGCUAGAGAGCGGAAGCUCCAGGCAAUGGGACGAGUGAUAGAAUGAAGAGGGACGUUUAAAUGCAAAUAGUACUGAUUGUCUUUCUCGUUUUCUCAAAUAACUAGGGAUUGGUUCAAAAGGGUACAAGUAGACAAUUGGCAUGAGUACUUACUCAAUCCCCUCCUGUGGGACUGUCAAGAAGCUAGAGACGCGGAUAUUAGCCUUCUUAUGAGCUGCAGCUAUUGCCAUGGCCAUGAUACCACUUUUUCCACUCUUCCUCUUGUCUCUGUGAGUUCGGUUUGCUGAUGAUGAUGCUUUGCUGUUUCCCGUGAGUGUACUGAACUGAUGACAAUUGAGAUAAAUGCCUGUUUACCAAGAACUAAAGCAGCAAAGAGAUGAAAGAAUUUGUAUCUUGAGUGUGAAGGUAAAAUGAGACAGAACAUGUUCUUGUUGCAUGUUGACAGACAAACACUGUGAAUUGCUUCAACAAAAAAAAGGGGGGGGCUGGACAAUGAGACAGCUUAACACAUACUAUAUGUUUUUCAGAAUUUUACAGAAGUGUCAAGACUUAACCCUUCAAUUCAAGUGAAUACAGGAGACCAUGCUCAUAGUGAUUGGAGUAGGAUAAAGAAACUGAGGAGCUCUAUCAGAGUCAAACCCAUUUCCUCCCCUAUAUUGUGCUGGAUUUCCAUCAGGCUAUGUUCAAUUUUAUCCCAACAGCCAGCCCAUAAACAGAGCUGCUAUAUAUUGAGCUUGAUUCCUUCUUGCAAAGGGCUGGCGGCGAAAAACACUGUUUGCAUGCAAUUUUACUUCCUGUGGAAGGCUGGGCGGUUGUAUAGUACGCCAACCUAACGAUGAAACGGGGGCCCCCAUACGGCGCACAUAGUAGAUAUAGGAAUUUGACGUUACUAGGAUAGACUGCUCACGAUCAUAUCCCUCUCUGGAUUCCAAGGAUAAGUUAUUCUCAACCGUAGCCAAUGAUAUCUGCAUAAAAAAUAAAUCG